GGGGUCGAGCUCGGCGCCGCUCCGUGAGGCGAGUCCUUGCUGCCGGCCCGGAGGCGCCGUUCCGGGCCGUCCCCGGCGGUGCCCGCCUCCCGCGCAUCCCGCCUGGCUGGGCUGUGGCGCUGCGGCUAGCCGCGGGGCGGCGAUCCCGUUCCCACAACCGAGGCGUGCCCUGCCCGCGUCGCCAUGGCAGCCGCUGCCGCUCCGGUCCCGGCCUACGUUACAAUCGCGGCCAUAAAGGCGGCGCGAAAGCAGCGCCGCCCCAGAGCAGCGGGGCCGGGCUGGCGCUACCAUCUCGCCGCCCGUCGGUGAAGGGCUGCCGGACGGACGGGGCAAGGCGAGACGAGACGAGACGGGGGAAGCAGCGCAGCUCGUCCCGCUCCGAGUGCAGUGAGCAGCCGAGGGCUGGCCAUGGCGGACGGCUUGAGGAGGCUGGUCAGCACCGAGAGCGCCCGGGCGCUGCAGGACAAGCUGGAGAGCUGGUACCGCGACUACGAGAUCAAUACCUGUGAUCAGAAUCUGAACCGAUGCUGUGAGAUAAUAGAACUGAACUCUGAGAUCCAGGGGCAGCUCUUCACAAUCCUCAGUGAAACAUCUCGGGAAGGGGGGCACUAUGCAGGUGUGGAAACAAUAAAGACUCGUCUUCUGCCCUGGCUAGGGACUUGUUUUUCCUGUGCUGCUUCAGGGAGGCUCUUGGAAACCAACCUCUCUCUCACUCAGGAUUCACUGGAGAAGGAGAGGCAGCUGAGUGAGUUGGCCACCAAUCAGACCUUUAAACUGCAGGAGCUGCAGGAAGAACUGACUUCAACUCGUCUGCAGCUUGACCAUGUGCAACAAGAUCUGGAGACCUCCCGUGCCCAAGAGAAGGAUGCCCUAAAGAAGUUAGAGCGCCUGAAUGACUACGAGCAGCAGAUUCAGUUACUGAGGGAUGAGAUUUCCAUCUUGGAUGCCCAGAAGUCCGUUCUCCAGAGCAGGCUUGCUCGGAGCCGCUCUCCUUCCCCGAGGCGCGGUGAGGCCAAGUCUCCUGGCUCCCUCCUGCUGCGGAGCUGCUCCCCUGGCCGAGCCAGACGCACAAACGCUUCUCGCCGUGCCCGCCUGGUGGCUCGCUUCGGUGACAUCUAUGCUCAGGAGCGUUUGGAUGCAGAAACCCUUUUGAGGACCUACAUCAGCGACAUGGAGACGGUGCAGAGGAUAAUAUACAUUGCAGCUGUGGAAUCUUUUCAUGCAGCAAAGAUGGCCUACAGGCAGUUCAAAAUACGUGUGAGAGAGACUCUGUCCCUGGGUCAUUCAGGGCCUGAGUCCCUUGAAGACACUGUCCUGGAUUACAUAGUGCGCCAUGAGGAUCUGUAUGACGUGCAAGCCAGUGUCAAUGAAGUAAUCCGCUCCAUGAACAUCAACCCAAGGAUUUCCUUUCCACCAGAAAUUGAUUUCAUUGUGAUCAGCACUUUGAUUCGGGAGCUGUGCCGUGUGGCUUUCUCAAUGCAGACUCUCUUUCCUCCUCUUGAUAUUGCCUUUGGCACUGAUGGAGAACUUUUCAGUGAGAACAAGUACCAUCGUAGCUUUGACUCUGACUUCACAGCUGCUUUGGUGGCCUAUCAUGUAUGGCCUGCUCUGAUGGAAGAUGAUAUUGUCAUUGUGAAGGGAGAAGCAGUCACUAAGAGAGGAGCUCUGUGGUCUCGCAGAAGUAGAAGUAGAGGCAGAAGCCAAGGCCAUAGCACCAGUCCUCUUCGCUCACAGCAUCUGUCUCGAAGCCGCAGUUCUUCACCACUGAGGAGUGGAAGCCCAAGCCUUUGCAAACAGUCUCUCUCUCCAGCCCCCUGAUGCAGGGUGAUGAGAUGAAGAUCACCAGCAACCCAUUCCUGGAUUCAGGUUGUUCUGGGGUCCGUUUAUCCAGACUGCUGUGGCUUUCUAAAGUGAAUUGUGCUGACCUGGUUGUACUCUGACUGACCUCAAAGAACUUGAGAAGAACCCAACGACCCCCAAAUCAAAAUCACAUCAAAACCCCAACUGCUUCUACCAUUUUGUUUGGUGUUUCCAGUUCUUAGCCUAGUUCAAGACAGUGUCAGCCUGCAAAACUGCUCUGUUUUGAGUGGUUGCUCAGUUGCAGUGGUUGGCUGGCAAAUUAACUCCACCAUUCCCUUUCUCCAUGCCUCAAGACUCCAAAGUCUUUGGAUCACAAGGAUGCUCCCUGCCUUUAGUUGCACCUUCUGUUGAGUUUCUAAUCAAAGACAGGGUCAAAACACAUCUCUCUCGAGCCAUCAGGGUAGAGCUGGAGGGAGCCUUGCUGGCACAGCAGCUGCAGGAGGAUCAUGUCCUUGAUCUCACCAAAUGCUGUUCUAAUAAUAAGUUUGGUUUGCACCACACUCUUGUCACUUAUUUCAUUCCAUAAUUUCCCUUCUCUGCUGCAUGCAAACUUUCUUCUAGUUCCUAGCAUAGAUUUAUUCUCUUCUAGGCAAUACCUCUUUGUUCUCCUGCCAGUAUAAUUCUUUAUCUUCAGAAGUCCUUGUUCCCUCCUGCAGUACUUGCCCUGCCAAUAGCAGCAAUCAUCUCUUCUCUUAGCAAAAAAGCCAAAUCUUUCCAGCUCCUCUCAAGAGAGAGAGACUCUUCAUGCCCUUCAUUAUCCUUUGGGUGG